CCAAACUCUUAUAAUCCCAGUGUGGAACCCAUCUCUCUCAUCUGGCAGACUUGACAAGGGCUCUCAGAGCAGGCAGGGUUUCAAGGGGAAAUGGCUGGUUUCCUCUCAGACCUGGUUCAAUACCGGAGGCUAUGGCUCAUGAUUGUGGUGCUGGGAAUUGGUGGAACUCACCUCUCUGGUUUUCAAAUGUCUGUGAUCAAUUACACUUCUCCGUAUAUUCAGAAGUUUAUCAAUGAAACCUGGCUGGAGCGAUACGGUUCUGUGCUGCCUCAGGAGACCCUGAUGCUGCUGUGGUCCUUCAUCGUGUCUGUGUACUGCAUUGGGGGGAUGAUAGGGUGUCUGUGCAGCGGGUACCUGACUGCAAAAUUUGGAAAGAAGAAAUGCCUACUGCUCAAUGACGUGGUGCUGAUAAUAGCCACGCUGCACACUGGCUUCAGCAGGAGAGCCAAGGCUUUUGAGAUGAUCCUGGCUGGGCGCUUCCUCGAGGGCAUCGCUGCUGGAAUACAUAUGAAUGCCCAUGUUCAGUAUGCUGGAGAGAUCUCACCUAAGAAGCUGCGUGGAUUUAUAAAUGUCACCUCCACUGUGUUUCUUGCACUAGGAAAAACUGUAGCAAGAAUUCUUGGAUUAAGAGAUCUUUUAGGAACUGAAGACAUGUGGAAUGUGCUAUUGUCCUUCUCUGGGUUGGUGGCAUUGAUUCAACUGCUCUUUUUGCCAUUCUUUCCUGAGUCCCCACCCUACCUCUUGAUGCAAAAAGAAGACAAAGCUGGUUGCUUGAAAGCCAUGAAGCAACUCUGGGGAGAAGGGAAUUAUCACACAGAAUUUGAUGACUUGAUGAAGGAAAAGGCUAUGACAAAAGGCACCAAAAUCAUGAAUGUCCUAGAGGUGCUGAGAGAACGCUCAGUGUACCCACAGCUGUGUACCAUGCUCCUCCUUUUGCUGAGUCUGCAGCUCUGUGGCCUCAGUGCAAUCACCUUCUACACCUCAGAAAUUUUUUUGACAGCCAACCUGCCGGAAAACAUAAUCCCAUAUGUAUCUCUAGGAGUUUCAAUCUCUGAACUCAUCUCCAUCGUGUUCUGUAGCUCCAUAAUCGAUCGGUUUGGGCGCCGAAAGCUCCUGUGUGGUGGUUAUUUCCUGAUGGCACUGAUACUGGUGUUGCUUGAAACAAGCCUUCUGCUGAGUGAUCAGUUCCUCUGGCUGCGUUACUGCAGUGUUAUUCUCAUCUUUUUAUUCAUCAUUGCUUAUGGACUAGGACCAGCUGGAGUUGUUAUAGCUGUCAUGAAUGAAAUCUUCACCCUGUCAACAAGGGCCUCCGCUUUUGUAAUUGGUGGAAUCGUCAUUUGGCUGGGCCUCACCUUCACUGGAAUGAUUUUCCCCUUUGCUGUAAUGCUUCUUGGUCCUUUCUGCUUCCUCAUCUUUAUUGCUGUCCUGCUCAUUUCAGUCGUUCUUAUCUACCUGUUCCUCCCAGAAACAAAAGGGAAGUCAGCCUCUGAAAUCACAGAAAAAUUCCAAACCUGCCAGUUUAAGAGGAAAAAACGUCAUCAGGCUGUGGAGAUGUAUGCUGCUGAAGAAAAGACAUUCUGCACCAAGCUCUGAGAAGCCACCAUAAGUAAUUUCCACUGUUCAGGCAUAACACAUCAAUUGCAUUACACGUUUUUCUCCAUUGCUGUCAUUUUAAAGCAGCAAGAUUUGUGUCUAUGUUACUUUAUAAGAAAGUUCUGUGCAGGAUUAAGAGCAGGAUGAAGAUAGGAUUAAACAUAGCCAUAGUUCUUGCAAACAAUUUCAUGUUAUUUCUUUAUGCUAUCACACUGUAAAGGACUUAAUAUUGAUUGGGAAAGCUGCACAUGAACAAAUAGCAGGCAGAACGCAAGGAAAUCUUGUAUUUCCUUGAGCUGACAUCAAGUAACUGUAUGUCCUGAUUGUGUCUGUGACUGUCAGGGAUCAGCCCUGACCCCCAGGCAUUUGGUACAGAAGAAUUCUCACUGGCAUCCUCUGGAGCAAACUGACUGCACUGGCCAUGCAGAUCAGUUGUAGCAAAAUCGGGAGGAAGUUCUUGUAAUAUAUUCUGGUACCUCAUGGAUGGCUCAAGGGUUAAUAAAUACACAGUGCUGGGAGCUGGAAGAAAAGAGGCCUGGAGAGAGAACUGAGAGAGUAGGCAGCCUGAAAAUUCAGCCCAUUUUGUAAAAAAAAUAACUGCCCGAAAAGCAAGAAGUUGUGAUGGCCAGUACCUGCUAGCUGUGUGCUGCUCUAGGACACAAUGCACAGCAGCACACAAUCCUGCAUUUCACUGCUGCACUGUGUGCACUGUGCUGCUCCAGGGCUGCCAGUCCUGCUGCCACUGCAGCACCCAAUCCCUCCCUGUGGGAGCUGAGCACAGACUACUGUGGAUUUAAUCAGCAUUUGCAGUUUGAUAUCCAAGGUGCCUUGGCAAGAGCAAACAGAGCUUUGACCAUUAUAAGAAGAUUGGAUGAAGACAGGAAAGAAGAUAGAAUUAAGUAGAAACGUAAAGUUUGUCUGUGAAUGAAUGUAGUAAAUGAAUGUAGUAAAAAAUUACUAGCCUUCCUAAAAAUGUGUAACUCACAGUAAAACUGGAUUCUGAUCACCAGUCUGCAGUCCCUGUCUCUCUCUCAAUUGUCAGUUCUUUCCUCCCCAAACUCUUCUACCUUUGGAUGAUGAAUUAUUUUUCCUUUUCCUACCAUGAUUACAAAUGGAAUUUCAUGCCUCCUCUUUAGCAGGACUAUAAUUCCUUUCUUUCUGCAGUUUAACCAUUCUUAUUUAUUGCCAUUGUGCUGAGGUCUGAAUUGAGUUUUAGGUUGUUUAGGGAGUUUUCUAUUAAAAAAAUUACAAAUAAUAUACUCACUGCUUCUAAAGGAAUAACCACAGAAGAAGCUCUGAUAUUAAAGUGCCAGUGUGUGUUCCAGCAAUUGAAACUUGAUUUAGAUUUUAGAUCAUUCCCUUUAUCACUGCCUGUAUCACCACAGGGAGCACUCACAAUACUGAAUGUUCCCAUUCAGAGGCCCCUCUCCUGUUGAGGCACUGAAAUAUUUAAUCCACCCAUUUUAAG